CCCGCACUAAACGCGAAGACUGACGAUAGAUUCUGUGAUAUCAUAAUCCGGGAUUUGAGUUCAGACUAAAAAAAAUAAAAUGGGCUGAAAACAAUUAAAAUUCCCUUGUAAAAAGUUCGUUUUUAUACAAAGAUGCCACCAAGAAUUCCAGACAUUGCAAAAGUAAGACAGUUGAUUCCACCUCUUAGUCAAGAGUUUCAUAAAGGCCAAGCAGGAAGGGUAGGUAUUGUUGGCGGUUCGGAAGAUUAUACAGGUGCACCUUAUUUUAGUGGUAUCACGGCCAUGAAAGUAGGUGUUGACCUCUGUCACAUAUUUUGUGAACCUGGAGCGGGAACCGUGAUUAAGGCAUAUUCGCCAGACUUAAUUGUUCAUCCAUACUUGAGAACACAAGAGAAGAUAGGACAUACUUCAAUUAAGGAAAUUGUUGAUAGGGUGUCUAGUGUGUUUAACAGACUUCAUGUUCUAGUGGUAGGACCAGGUUUAUCAAGAGACGAAUGUAUGAUUGAUACUGCAAAAGAGUUAGUAUUCAAAGCCAGAGAGCACAACAUGGCAGUUGUUGUUGAUGCAGAUGGAUUGUAUAUGGUUCAGAAAUAUCCUGAAACUGUUCAAGGCUACAAAAAGGCUGUGCUUACACCCAAUAUUGUUGAGUUUCAACGCCUAUGUGAAAGAAUGGGUAUUGAAUCGAAAGAUCAUUCUAAAGAUCAAAUUGCAAAACAAUUAAGCAAGGCUCUCGGCGGAGUAACUGUUGUUCAAAAGGGUGCAGUUGAUUAUAUUACAAAUGGGGAAGAAGUUUUGCAAUGUGAUGUCGAGGGAGGUUUAAAACGUAUGGGCGGUCAGGGGGAUAUACUUUCGGGUGCCAUUGCGGCAUUUUUGGCAUGGGGAAAAGCUUACGAAGAGAAUCUCUGGAAACAUUCAAAUGAGAUCAAUAGUAAGGAUAUUGCAAUGUAUGCCUCUUGGAGUGCCUGUAGUAUAUCGAGAACAAGUUCAAAUUUAGCUUUUAAAAAACAUGGUAGAUCCGUUUUAACUACUCACAUGCUGGAAGAAAUCGGCGCAAGUUAUGAUCAAUUUAUGAAACACGAAUAAAAUUUACUAUAAAAACUCCCCAUUUUGAUUUAUUUUAUUUCUUUCUUUCUUCCUUAUCA